AUGUAUAGACAGCUAGAGUAUUUUCAAGAGUACCAAAGAAGAGUGAGUGCUAUAAUUGGAGCUUCAGAGGCAAAGAGUCUGGUGAAUCGAGCACUGGUUCUCAUCACUUGUGGUGGCAAUGAUUUCGUAAACAACUACUACUUGGUGCCAAAUUCAGCAAGGUCUCGCCAAUACCCACUGCCUCAAUAUGUCAAGUAUCUCAUCUCUGAAUACCAAAAGCUUUUGCAGAGGCUAUAUGAUCUUGGAGCUCGUAGAGUUCUUGUGACAGGCACAGGACCAUUGGGUUGUGUUCCUUCAGAAUUGGCCCAACGUGGCAGAAAUGGACAAUGUGCUCCUGACCUUCAAAGAGCUGCAGGAUUGUUUAACCCACAACUUGAACAAAUGUUACUACAACUCAACAGGAAAAUUGGAAGUGACGUUUUCAUUGCUGCAAACACAGGAAAAAUGCACAACAACUUCAUUAGUAACCCUCAACAAUUUGGUUUUGUUACAUCAAAAGUAGCAUGUUGUGGGCAAGGACCUUACAAUGGUCUAGGGUUGUGCACACCACUCUCCAACCUUUGUCCUAACAGAGACUUGUAUGCAUUUUGGGAUGCAUUCCAUCCUUCUGAAAAGGCCAACAGGCUCAUUGCGGAGGAAAUCAUGUCAGGCUCUAGAACCUACAUGAACCCAAUGAACCUCAGCACCAUCUUAGCUUUGGAUGCUAUCAACACAUGAAGAUAUAUGCCAACAAAUCUAUGCACUUUCUAA